GGUUUCCUGUGGUUAGUGUUCUUUUUGUUCACUUUCUUUGAUGAUUCAUCCAUCAUGGCGGCCGGCACUUCUAGUCUCCGUCAGAUCUUUGAAGGCCCAAACGGGGAAUUCAUAGCGCUUGUUACAGGGGUUGUUGUUGUUUUAUGUACUAUAGUUUUACUUGUGUUGCUCAGAAAGCAGAGGAGACGUGGAAAUUCCUUGCUGUUUGUCGGUCUUACAGAUAGUGGCAAGACCUUGCUUUUCAAUAGGCUUCUUGAUGGAAGUCAUGUGAUGACCCACACGUCUAUGAAGGAGAAUGUUGGGUCAUACAAAUUGAAAGGAAAAAAGAGUGGUAAGCAAGUCAACAUGGUUGAUCUUCCCGGUCAUGACAGAAUAAGAUCCCAGUUUUUGGAAAAAUACAAAGAGCAGGCUAGGGCCAUCUUGUUUGUAGUUGAUAGUGUCAACUUCCCAAGAGAAGUCAGAGAUGUUGCAGAGCAGAUGUAUGAUAUUCUUAGCCAUAAAACACUAAUGAGGGCAGCUGUGCCAAUACUUGUGGUUUGCAACAAGCAGGAUUUUGCAAUGGCGAAAUCAGCACGAGCCAUUAAAGCACAGCUGGAAAAGGAAAUCAACACUCAGCGCGUCACCCGUUCUGCAGCCCUACAAGGGCUUGAUGGCUCGUCCAAGAGUGCUCUAGUAGGGAAGAAGGGCAAGGACUUUGAGUUUGCGGAUGUUGAACCCGUCAAGGUGGAGUUUGUCGAGUGUAGUGCUAAGGGUAACGCAGAUAACAAAAAUCCACAAAUAGAUGCUUUGCAUGAUUGGAUAGAAAAAGCUGUUUAAGGUCUAGCUAAUACUGUAUAAUAGUGCCAAGUGCUGAACUCCUGUAUAUUAUGUUUCUGCAGUCUAGCCUGAUUUGGCUCUUAGAUUUUGGGGUUCUUAUCCAAAAUCAGUCCAGAGUUGGUUUCAGCGAUCAAGACAAAAUGAACAUAUUCUUGGCAGUUUUUCGUUGUUUAAAGUGAGUUACGUACUAAACCACCAGACCGUAGAUAUUGUUAUAAUUUAAGUAUAUAAUAAUAUAAUAAAGGCAAUGCAUAACCACCGACCUAGGCUGUCUAAUCCUUUAUGUACACGACUCAGCUGACAAGUGUUUUAUUGUGGGACUGAUUAAAAAGAGGGGACGAACAGUGAAAUAUACGUUCGCAUAGCGAUUGAACUUUUGUCCAAGUAAACUUGGACUUUUACUAGUUCUUGCAUUUGUUUACUUCACUUUAUUCAUUUGUAGUACUAUAGACGUGAUCUUUGUAGUCCAAACGCUCGCAUCCGAUAACGCACCCGAUGACGGUCUUUGUAGUCCAAAUGCAUGUGAUAACAUUGUGGAAACAAAGACAAAAGGGCCAGACUACUCGAGAAAGAGCUUUAUUCUGGAAACUUCCAUUUUAACCUGUGUAGUUUUCUAAACAUCGUAGUGUUUAUGUGUCUAAACCUAUAUAGUCUAACUACUUUAAGUUUACUCAACGAAAAUCAUGAACAAGUAAUGAUUGAAAUAAAAAAAGACAUUAACAAGUAAAAUAUGAAAUAAAAAUGUGAAUCCAA